GGUAGUUUGGUGCCUAUGGCAACGCGUCUCCAUUCUGUCAACUUAACCAUGUCAUCAGUGGUGGCGCGCAACUCGAGGACUCUAUUUCCAGACAUUUACAAUCCACAGAAACAAAGACAAACAUCUAAAUUCAGGAAGCCAUUACGACGAAAUAUUUGCACGGGGCUGCUGUCUACUGGGUUUCACCGCUCGUUUGCGCAGCUGUUUGCCCUGCUGCAGCGCUGGGAGGAAGCUGAAGUGCAUCCAGAAAAACUAGAUACGCUGCAGAGCUUCCUCGUCCGCGCUGAAACUGCCGAAAGAUACGGAAAAUAUGGGGAGAUGUAUGACAACCACCUGUGUCUGGCCAGGUUCUUCACUGAACCAGAGGAUGAAUGGUUGAAGCAUCAUUUCUUUCAACUGGCCCUGCAAUCAGCUCGCAAACUAAAAAUCGACUCUGGCAAAAGAGAGGCAGAAGCACUUUUGCACAUUGGACAGAUAUAUUUAGUGAAGGGUCAGCUGGAGCUUGCACAAGAUCAUUACGAGGAGUUUUAUCACAUGACCUUGGGCCGCGAGUGGCAGGACACCAGUGGGUGCUCGCAUCACAAACGCUCGUGUGAAGAGCUGGGGAGGGUGUACACAUUGCUGGCAGAGAGGCUUCUUCAGAAACAAGACUGUGAGCUUGCAGUCAAGAUGCUCACCAAAGCCUACGAGAUGGCUAAAGAAUCAGGAGAUUCAGGGCCUAAAGGAAAGGCGGCUUAUAGACUAGGCAUUGCAUAUCAGAGUAUAGGAGACCACACAACAGCUAUACAGUUUCUCAGUGUGUAUAAGGACAUCUCCACAGCACGUGGAGAUAUGGAUAACCUGGGAAGAGCAUAUGGAGCCAUUGCCAAAUCUCUGGAGAGUGAGGGCAAGCAAACGGAAGCAGUUCAACAUUUGGAAAAGUUUGCUGAGAUUUCUAUGAGCAACAAACAGGACGGAAAUCUUGAGAAAGCCUACACAUAUCUAGGAUCAAUCCUCAACUCCAGAAUGCAGUAUGAUGAAUCAUAUGUAUAUUUAAAGCGUGCAUAUGAGAUUGCAUGUAAUAUGGCAUCAGUGUCGAGGGUGCAGAAAGCCCAGUUGCGUGUGGGCACCUCCCGUGCACUCAGCAUGGUGCAGGCAUAUUAUAAACACAUAGAGAUGUCAAGAUGGCAAAGCAUCCAGAAAAUCAUUGAGUGGAAGGAGAAAAGACAGGGCAACUUUGUUGAAACCAUAGAGCAAAUGAAGAAAUGAACAGUGAACAAAGCACAAGGACUGGUCGAUAAGGCUAAAUAAAGUCUUAAAAUAUUCCAUAUUA